GAGAGAGGCAAAGAGCUCACUUGAGCGGAAGAUGGACUCCUGCCUGCUACACCCUUAUCCACAGCCGCUCCCUCUUCCUCCCUCUAAUCCCACCUCCCAGCGUGCCCACCUCAAAUGGGGCCCCUGCUGCCGCCGCCGUCGCCGCCAUCUCCUCCGGCGCGUGGCCGUCUCCGCGCUCACCUUAGAGGAACAGCUCGCGCCAACCAACCCAAGAACCGUGAACCCCCGUAGGCCGUUCGACGGUAUGCAGGAGAGGAGCGUCGCGACUUCCGACACGGCGGGCAACCUGUUCGACGAAAUGCUUCGCCCGAGCGGCGAGGGCGCGAGCGUACGUGGCCUGCCCAGAAGAGCGGCGCCCAGGAGCGGCGAGAAGAGCGCGAGCUCGGCGAUCCUGGCGCUGGCCCACGCCAGCAGGCACGCGGAGGUCCUCGAGCUCUUCUGCAGGAUGCGGCGGGACGGACUGCCGGUCAGCAGGUUCAUGCUGCCCAGCGUCCUCAAAGCCUGCGCGCGCCUCCAGGACAGCAGGAUGCUCCGGGCCGCGCAUGUCGUGGUCAUCAAGUGCGCCCUGUGCCAGCACGUCGUGGUGGGCACCGCGCUGGUCAGCGCGUACGUCGAUUUCGGGCUGAUGGAUGAUGCGCGCAACGCGUUCGCUGAGAUGGACGAGGCCAACAUGGUCUCCUGGAGUGUGGUCAUCGGAGGCUAUGUCCGUUCUUGUCGGUGGGACGAGGCAUGGGAUGCUUUCUCCGCAAUGCAGCGUGCUGGGGUGCCUCCGGUUGAUUCGGUUCUUGUGAUGGCGAUUCAGGCGUGCAGUGCGUUGUUGUGCCUGGUUCGUGGGAAGCAGCUGCACGCGUUGGCGGUCGCCCUCGGAUUUGAAAGGAACACCACCGUUUGGAACUGCCUCAUUGACAUGUAUGGGAAGUGUGGUGACAUGGAUAGUUGCAGGGCAGUUUUUGACACAAUGGUAGACAGGGAUCAAGUCAGUUGGAAUACCAUCAUCUCAAGCUAUGUUCGUCUUGGUCUUUGUGAAGAGGCGCUCGACAUGGUCAUCCAGAUGCAGCAAUGUGGUUUCGCUGUUGAUCGAUUCACCCUUGGCAGUGGAGUCGCAGCUUGCGCCCAUUUGGCUGACAUUGACAGUGGCAGUGCAUUCCAUGGCUAUUUGAUAAGAAGAGCAUUAGACACUGAUGCUAUCCGGGGCAGCGCACUUGUUGACAUGUAUGGGAAAUGUGGUUUGAUGGAGCAUGCUCGACUGGUGUUUGACAGAAUGGAUGAAAGGAAUUAUGUAGCCUGGGAUGCACUCUUGUCUGGCUACGUUGAAAAUGGGCAGGUUGACUUGGCACUCAAGGUUUUCCAACAAAUGGAGUCCGCAAACAUAAAGCCUAACCAACAUACCUUUGUGAACCUUCUUAAGCUUUGUGGCAACAGAAGGUAUACAGAGUAUGGAAGGCAAAUUCAUGCCCAUGCCAUCAAGGCCAUACACCAGAUGAAUGUAGUUUUGGAAACUGAACUGAUCGACAUGUACGCAAAGUGCGGCUGCAUUGAGGUUGCCCGGUUACUGUUCCUCAGGAUGAACGAGAGGAACCUGAUAUCCUGGAACGCUCUCCUCUCGGGUUAUGUAGGGGAUGGACAACCAGGUGCGUCGAUAAACAUUUACCGUCAGAUGGAGCUGGCCUGCAUUAGGCCUGACCAAUACACCUUGGCAGGGCUUCUAAGCCUUUGCCGGUACCAAGGGCUUUUGCGCUACGGAAGGCAGAUACAUGCUCAUGUCAUUAAGAUUGGCUCUGAGACGAAUGUGGUGCUGCAAACUUUACUUGUGCAUAUGUACGUCAGGUGUAGGCAGUGGCGAGACGCUGAAAAUGUCUGUGCGAUGAUCCAAGAGAGGAACUUUUAUGUGCAUGAUGCAUUCUCGAAGGUCUAUGGAGAUGGGUACUUUAUCUGAAGAGAUGACACAUGAUCUGGUGUCCAGUGGAGAAGAAGAUAGAUGCUUCGGUGCUCAGUCAGGUGGAGUUGGGAUAUGUGAAACACGGUAGGGGGGCUGGGGCUGCACAAGGCGUCCUCCCAAUGUUCUUCUAAUGUCCAAACAGGGCAGAGCUUCGACCCAUGAAAACUAAUGGAGGAGAAGGAUAGUUGGGCAGCUGUGACCCUAUGGUGGAUGUGGAUCCGCCCAUCAAACACCUAUGUUUUCGUUGUGGAUACACUACUUAGAUGCAGAUGUUGUGGUGCCUGUAAAAUGUAAGCAAAUGGCUGGUAGUUUUGUAGUGUUGUUUACCACUGGCUUUCAUCAUGUCAGCUCACGCAGGGUCAUUGGGUGCAGCCUCAUUGUACCUUGCACUACUGUUUUGUACUCCCUCCGUGAAGUUAGUACAAAGUUGAGACACUUAUUUUGGACGGAGGGAGUAAUAGUCAGGGGCAAUGGGGAGUGAGGGAUGUUCAGCUCACAAUUCUCAGAGUGAUGAAGAAUUGUUUGACUCUUUUUCACUCGGACCGUAGGUGAAUUUCCGAUGGCAAUCUUUUUUUUUAAAGGACCGAUAGCAAUCCUGUGUGCAUAAGUGCAUUGCUUGCUUAUAAAUUGUUGUGUUUACUGUUGAUA